AUGGCACAAGGGCUGGAGCUGUCCGUCACAGACUUCCAGAGCACCUGGAACAACAUGCGGCACCACACAGAGGAGAUCAGCUCUGACCACCUCGUUGUUCGCCGGGGCCAGGCUUUCAACAUCAUUCUGUACUUCAGGAACCGGGGCUUCCAGCCAGACCUGGACAACAUCAUCUUCGUGGUAGAAACUGGACCGCUGCCAGACUUGGACAAGGGGACUCGGGCUGUGUUCAGUCUGUCAGGUCAUCGUAGCCCCAGCCCCUGGAUGGCCUCCCUGGAGACCAACAAGGCCGUCUCCCUGGAGGUGAGCCUGUAUGCUCCUCCCACGGCGGCUGUGGGUCGGUACCUCUUGAAGGUUCACAUUGACUCCUUCGAAGGGUCUGUCACGGCCUACCGCCUUGGGGAAUUCAUUCUACUCUUCAAUCCCUGGUGCUCAGGGGAUGCUGUCUACUUGGAGAGUGAGCCCCAGAGGCAGGAGUAUGUCAUGAAUGAUUACGGCUUCAUCUACCAAGGGAACAAGAACUGGAUCUACCCUUGCCCCUGGAACUAUGGACAGUUUGAAGAGAAUAUCAUAGAUAUCUGCCUGAAGUUGCUAGACAAGAGCCUGAACUUCCAGACUGACCCAGCUACAGACUGUGCCCUUAGGGGAAGUCCCGUCUACAUCAGCAGAGUGGUGUGUGCCAUGAUCAAUAGCAAUGAUGACAAUGGGGUGCUUAAUGGGAAGUGGAGUGAGAAUUACUUGGACGGCACCAACCCUGCGGAGUGGACUGGCAGCGUGGCCAUCCUGAAACAGUGGCACACCACAGGUUGUCAGCCAGUGCGCUACGGGCAGUGCUGGGUCUUUGCAGCCAUCAUGUGCACAGUGAUGAGGUGCCUGGGGAUCCCCACCCGCGUGAUCACCAACUUUGACUCUGGUCACGACACAGACGGAAACCUAAUCAUAGACGAGUAUUACGACAACACAGGCAGGAUUUUGGAGAAUAAGAAGAAGGACACUGUCUGGAACUUCCAUGUCUGGAAUGAGUGCUGGAUGGCCCGAAAUGACCUCCCUCCCGGUUACGGAGGCUGGCAGGUGCUGGAUGCCACUCCUCAGGAGACGAGCAACGGCCUGUACUGCUGCGGCCCUGCCUCGGUCAGAGCCAUCAAAGAGGGAGAUGUGGAUCUGAGCUAUGACACGGCCUUCGUCUUUUCCAUGGUGAAUGCCGACUGUGUGUCCUGGCUCAUCCAUGGAGGGAAGGAGCAGAGACUUCACCGGGACACGAAUGCUGUUGGCAAUUUUAUCAGCACCAAGAGCAUCCACAGUGAUGAGCGGGAUGAUGUCACAGAGAACUACAAGUAUGAAGAAGGUUCCCCCCAGGAGAGGCAAGUGUUUCUGAAAGCUCUUCAGAAGCUGAAGACUGGAGGGCCCCAAGACCACUACCAAGCAGACUCGCAGCCUUCCAGGCCCAUGCCCCUGAGCCAGGACAGUCCUCGGAGUCUGAAUACACCUUCCCUUCGGCCCAGCGAUGUUAUCCAAGUCUCCCUGAAAUUCCAGCUGCUUGACCCUCCCAACAUGGGCCAGGACAUAAGGUUUUUCCUGCUGGCCCUCAACAUGUCACUCCAGUUCAAGGACCUCAAGGUGAACCUGAGUGCUCAGUCUCUGCUGCAUGAUGGGAGUCCUCUGCCCCCAUUCUGGCAGGAUACAGCCUUCAUCCAGCUCUUUCCUGAAGAAGAAAAGACCUAUCCCUGCCAAAUCCCCUAUUCCCAGUACAGCCAGUACCUGUCAACAGACAAGCUGAUUCGUAUCAGUGCCCUGGGAGAAGAGAAGAGCAAUCCUGAGAAGAUCCUGGUGGACAAGAUCAUCACAUUAGUGUAUCCUGCCAUCAUGAUUAAUGUCCUAGGAGCAGCCAUUGUGAACCAGCCACUUGCCAUCCAGGUGAUAUUUUCAAAUCCUCUCUCGGAGCAGGUUGCAGACUGUGUGCUGACUGUGGAAGGAAGUGGUUUCUUCAAGAAACAGCAGAGAGUGUUGAUUGGAGUCCUCAAACCACAACAACGGGCCAGCAUCACUCUAAAGACUGUUCCCUUCAGGAGUGGCCAAAGGCAGAUACAAGCUAAUCUGAGAAGCAACAAGUUUAAGGAUAUCAAAGGUUAUAGGAACGUCUAUGUUGACUUGACACUAUAA